AUGGAAGCGGUCCAGAAUGGCGCUGUGCCAGCGCGAAUUGACGAGGAGCACGCGCGCCGCCAGAGACGGGCGAAUAUGAAGGUUCUUAAUGCAGCGCAGGCGGGCCAAGUGUCCUUCAAGUCCCUGGAUUCAUCUCUGAAGAGGCACACCGCACUUAUCAAGCGUAUUCGACUGUCGCUGGCCGUUGAGAAUCGAGACCAAAUCAUCAAGGAUAUCGAGACACUCUCGCUCGAGAAAUAUGUGGAUGAACUCGGAGGUGCUGUACUGGAGGGUAUUGGGCGGUGCAAAACGGAGAAGGAUGUCUGGAGCGCUGCAGAGAUCAUUUCUCUACUUCAUCGUCGGUUUCCGAAGACGUUUACUCCUAGUCUAAUCUCAUCUCUGUCCGUGGCAAUGGCACCGCCUUCGCGUGCAGUAUUAUCUGCAAUGAAUCCAGAGCAACGUGAAAAAGAAGAGACAGCACGAGUCUCUCGUCAGCGGCCUGUCAUUCGCGUAUGUGCCGAGCUCGCUCUCGUUGGGAUAAUCAAAGAUGGUCCCGACAGGAGCGGCGGGGAGUGGAUAAUGAAAGCUAUGAAGGAUGUGUUGUCCAACGAUCCAAAUCUCUAUUCAUUGCCUCUUCUUUCUACGUUUUUAAAGUCAUUCGCACGCCCCUACCUAGGUCUCGUUCCUCCAUCUUCGGCCAAGCAAAUUUCGACUUCAUCAGAACCGGGGACGCUCUCAGCUACUACUACGGGCGAAGCGAAUGCAGAUGUUAACGGCGAUUUUCCUACGCCAGUGACAGAGGCGGAUGAACUGGUCGAGAAGGAGGUUAGGGACAGGUUCAAGAAGAUGUGCGAAGGAUACUUCGACAAUGUUUCAAAGAAACUCGUGAACGAACACAAUCGCCUGCAAGAGCAAGACCGGAGAAAUCAUGAAGCAUACAUUCGUUCAGGCGAAAUAUUUGAAGAUCGGCAGCAGGCAUACGAGAAAAUGACCAAGAGUUACGAGAAGCUCCUCGCAAGCUGCCAGACCCUGUCGGAGCUUCUCUACGUGCCGAUGCCAUCAUUGAAGACCAUGACCCAGAAAUCAGAGUCGAUCCUGAUCGGAACCAACACGGGUUUGAACACGGUGGGUGCAGAUGCGGAAUCUGUGGUCGGCGGCAAAUGGGAAGACGAAGAAGAGAGACGUUUCUUCGAGGACGUUCCCGAUCUCAAGGAUUAUGUCCCACGUAGUGUUCUAGGCGUGGAGAAUGGGGAAAUCGAUAUGACCGAAGAAGAAAAGGAGAAGAGAGAGAAAGAAAAGGAGGACAUGAAGAAACUGGAAGAAGAGCUGGCUGGCAUGAACAGCAAGAUUGAGGCAGAUGCUAUGACCAGCGCCAACGACGGGGGAGCUAGCACGAAGGGUGUUCAAGACGAAGAAGCUGAAGACGAUGUGCCAACGCCUACACCCGGGACGCCUAAGACGUCGCCGCCAACGACGCCCCAGCUUGCACCUCAGGGUCCAUCACAACUGCUCGCCGCACUUCUUGCACGCUUACCUGACGCCACGAACCGUGCUCUAAUUGAUCAGGCUGCCGUUGAUUUUGCUUUCUUAAACUCAAAGGCAGCUAGGAAGCGGCUAGUGAAGUUCAUGAGUCAAACACCUAAGAACCGGACAGAUUUACUUCCGCAUUACUCGAGAUUAGUCGCGAUCUUGAACAAGUACAUGCCCGAUAUUGGAUCCGAGGUUGUGAGCGUACUCGAUGAGGAGUUUCGAUAUCUUCAACGUAAGAAGAAGGUCGUCAAUGAAUUGGCUGAAGUUAGGUUGAAGAACAUAACUUUCUUGUCGAAUCUUACCAAGUUCCGCGUCGUACCGCCUCAUCUAAUCUUGCACAUGCUCAAAGUCUGCUUGGAUGAUUUCUCUGGUACCAAUGUGGAUAAUGUUGCGUUACUGUUGGAAGGCUGUGGGCGAUUUUUACUCCGAAGUGCGGAGACAAACGAGCCAUUCAGCAAGAUGCUUGAGCUUAUGCGAAGAAAGCAGAGCUUGCAGCAUUUCGACCAAAGACAGCAGCUGUUACUAGAGAACGCGUAUUACCAGUGCAAUCCUCCGGAGCGCGCUGCUAGGCAUGAAAAGGAGCGCACUCCCAUGGAGCUGUUUAUCCGUCACCUCAUAUAUGAUGUCCUUACAAGGAAGACUAUCGACAAGGUUCUGAAACUGAUUCGCAAGCUCGAUUGGAACGACUCCACCGUUCUUCGCACUUUGCAUAAAGUAUUCACAAAGCCCUGGAAGGUCAAAUAUGGGAAUGUCCCUCUACUGGCCAUGCUCACAUAUGACUUGCAACGAUAUCACCCUGCCUUCGCAAUCGCUGUCGUUGAUCAGGUCCUCGAAGACAUCAGGAGAGGAUUGGAACAGAACGCAUACAGGAUCAAUCAACGACGAGUGGCCACAGUGAAGUAUUUGGGUGAAUUAUACAUCUAUCGGUUAAUUAGCUCUGGUAUAAUUUUUGACACCUUGUGGACGUUUGUGACUUUUGGCCAUCCUGAGGGAAGGCCGUUGCCUAGUCAACCAUCUCCUAUUGACAUGCCCGAUGACUUCUUCCGAAUACGCCUUGUCUGUGUGAUUCUGGAUACAUGUGGAAUGUGUUUCGAUCGCGGUACUCAACUUAAGAAGCUGGAUGGUUUUUUGACCUUCUUCCAGCUCUAUGUCCUUUGCAAAGCCUCUCUUCCCAUGGAUGUUGAAUUUAUGCUUACUGAUUCACUUGAAGCUGUCAGACCUAAGUUGACCAUGUUCAAAUCUUUUGACGAAGCUGUAGUGGCUGUCGAUGAAAUGUUCAAUACAGUAUAUCAGAAUGCCGGCGUGACGGCCGGAGAAGAUAGUGGCGAAGACAGCGGUGAAGAAGGGGAUGGCAGACGCGAUGAAAUAGACGAGGAUGAUGACGAUCAAGCUCAGCCUGAAUCUCCAGUUGGCGAGCGUGCACCAUCUCCAGAGGCCGUCGUACUCAAAACCGCUCAGGAAACAUUAGGCCCUUCGGAGGAAGAUGAUGCUGAAUUCGCCAAAGAAUUUGCCAAACUGGUAACGGAUACAUCCGCUGAAUCAAGGAAAGUCGACAAGAAGACCGCGCUUGCGUUGUGGGAAUCUACUGUUCCUCCCCCAGUGUUGCGGAAGAGGCGGAACGAUGACAACGAUGACGAUGGCGAGGCUGCCUAUACUAAUGGAGAUGACCAACCUGGUGUCAUGACAUUCACACUGUUUACAAAGCGCGGCAAUAAGCCACAGACGCGCCAGCUUGCUAUCCCCUCGGAAUCUGCAUUAGCGGUGCAAACCCGUACGGCUCAGAUGCAAGAUAAAGUCGAGCAACAGCAUUUGAAGAAGCUGGUUCUGGAUUACGAGCAGCGCGAGGAAGCAGAGGAGUUGAAAGCUCUCGAAGCACGCAACCGCAAUGGCGCUAUUAAAAUACGCUACCAACAUAUGCAGGACACGGAUGAUUACUUCUUCGAUGACUUCAAUAUCGAUGAUUCCGUAAUAGCAGUCCUGGACGAGGCGGAGAACACUUACAAUGAAUCCCAGCGACUCACACAAGCGAGUAGCAUUCGGAAUCCUGACGUGCCUCCACCUCUUAAACGGCAAAAGCUAGAAGUUGGCUGGAAGCCCAAGCCCCCGCGCGUAUCGUAUACGAAGAGUUUUGAAGACUUACCGGAGAUCUCGGUGCGCGGAGACGGUUUGUAUGGCCUGGAGGACACUGGUCGGCGAGUCUCGAGCACCAGUCUUGUUCCCGUCCCAGGAGCAAGCUCAAAUGGUCGCGCCUUUGCAAAACAGGCUAUGAUUUCCAACGUUCGUAGUCGGUCCCUCAUUUGGAAACAGCGUGCCGUAUACCAAGCAGGACCUUCAUCAGCAUUCCACAGUCCAAUCAAUGCGCCUACGAAGGGUUCAGGGUCGAGUCGACUGCAGCCACGCAGACCUCCUGCCCUCGGAGCGCGAAACAAUGCGCUGGUCGAGAUCCAGGAUGCUAGCUCCGUCGGCCAAGAGGUACAGGCUGGGUUACAGAGUGAAUUGGAACAUCUACGCUCUCAGUUCGAACAGCUCAAGCAAGAGCAGGAGCUCACGCGUAAGUAUCUCAAAGAAGCAGAGGAUGCACGGUUCGCGAAAGAAGGCGAAGUUACAAUUCUUCGAAAAGGCAUUGAAAAGAAUGCACAGGAGCACGCGGCGGAAGUCGCUCGCAUAAGGGCUGCGAAGGAAGCGGCAGAAGCUUUGCAGCAGCAGAUUCGGAAAGAGGCUAAAGAAGAGAUGGAUCGUCUCAAGACUCAGUUCACUUUCAAACAACAUGAACUCGAAACUUCUGGACGUAGUUCGCCAUGGUCGGUACGAUCCAAGAAGAUCAAUAGACAAGCACCCCCGACUCCUGUUAGGAUGUCUUCUCAGAUGCGACAAUGGAAUCCCAGAGGCACUUCUGGGGGAGCAAAUGGACUCAGUCAAAGCAAUCAUCCUGAAUCAGAUCUAUUCGGUGCACUGAGUCAAGCUAUAGAGCGAUCCAAGACAACCAUUGGACGGACUCAGGACAAACCCAAGAAGACCACGACAAUGCCAGGUUUUGUCAAUGCGUUUAGCUCAUCACCCACACAAUCCCAAGUGAGCAAAGGAUUGAAGGGCAAGGGUAAAGGGCGAGAGCGAAGCGUGUUCGGCAGAGAUACACAAGAGCAUGAUUUAUUUUUGCGACCUGCGCUACCGCAGCGGCGCUCCCCGCCACCUUUCCUUACCUCGUCUCCUCCAUGUAGCCCUCCAAGCAGUCCUCUACCCGCGGGACGGUCAGCUAGACGUCACGUUGAAGGCCACGGUCACGAAGAUGAACUUAUUAGCUUGGCUCCUGUCCCGGGUCCUGCUCCCCGUGAUGUUGAGAUGCUUGACGAAACGAAGGAUGAUGAAGCGCUAAUCGAAGAAGUCGAGGAUAUUGAACCUCCGGACUGGACAGCAGAGGUUCGUAGUUCCACUAGCGAUUUUGUGUGUUCGACGAUUGAACGUCCACCGUCUCACGCACAGAUUCAACGACUUAUACUAACACAUAGGCUACCCUCCUCGGACGCAUUGACUGUCCAGUUGAUCAUUAGCGCAUCGCUGACGAAUACGGCCCCUCCAGAGCGUAUCCAGGAAUACAACGGCUUGAUGACAGAGCUCUUUGAACUUCUGGGGACCGCAUCGACUGUUCUCAAAGACAUUGAUGAAACAAGCCAGUCUGUACUUAAUACGCUGGUCACGAUGAUGGAUAUCCUUCAAGAAACCAGUACCUUGAGCCCCUUAACUGCCCUUGUCAACUUGAUACGAGUUCUAGCAAUCUCUUUGCCAUCAUUUCUUCGGCUGGUUUUGUCUUCCAGUUCGAACGACGUUGGGGAUGCUCCUCCUUUGAUACUCGUGGCAAUAUGCAAUAUGAUUCGUGUACAUGUCGUUACAAUAGAGGAUGAGAAUGACACGCGGUGUGCACUGGCGACGGAGAUAUUGGGACUUUUGGAGGUUAUUGCUUGGAAGACUCCCGAAGAGCUUGUCCAUCGGCGAAUUAUCUUUCAUUCCACGAAGUCCUGGAGUGCUGUCAACAUUGCUGGCAUCCUCCCAGCCAACGUGGCUGCUACAUCGUUCAGUGCGGAUGUUGGCGAUCCUUGCAUCGCGCAUCUUCUGUCUAUGCCGUUGCAAUCCCAACUCCCUUCGCUGCAGACGGAUCGACAGGAUCUGUCCGGCAUUCCUCACAUUGAAGCAAUGGCAUUGUAUUUGAUAGACCCAACGAGGGAGGGAAGGGAUGCGGAUGCGCUGAAGGAGGCAAUCCUUACUUUCGUCGCGAGUCUGUCUGUAGCACACGCUGACGCCGCGACAAUCUUGACUCAGUCGCGAACGCUGAUACCGUCCAUCAUCUGUUUUCUGAACCAGCUGGUCACGCCGUUUUAUGAAGAGGACUAUGAGCUUAUGCGUUCGCCGACUAUGCUCGGAUCAACUGUCGUGACGAUAAUCCGCACUGUAUCAUUAUUUGCUAGCUUGGUAUUUGGCGCCGGAAAUUCGGCGCUUAAUCUGCGCCAAAAGAUCCUCCAUGCACCGUACCCACAGUAUCAUGGCCUACAACAUAUGUUGAACGUGACGCUUGGCAGGCUGUGUUAUGCAGAGCCACCACACGAGCUGUCUGCGAGCUUGCGAAACGAUCUUGACCAGACUAUGGAUAUGGCGAAUCAGUUGUUCGAGCUGGUUGUGGCUGGUCCGGAGCAUGAGAUGGUGUGGGCAGCGUUCCAGUCUCAGCCGGACAUCGAUGACGAUGAAGAGCGUGAAGCGAGGAUACAGCAUCCCCCAAUGGAUGACUCGGAGUGA